CCACUCGUCCAUUCACCAUUCUCACCUAGGCACCCCAUGCCGAAGAGUAACAAGAAGAAAAGGGAGAAAGCUAGCGAGUUCAGUAAAGCAAAGCUUAAACUCGGCAGGGCCAAGAAAUCUGCUCCAAAUGCGACAGAUACUUCCUUCAACGUAAAAUCCAUCAACGUUCCAGCCCAGAAUGUGGAUACAUACAGAGCGGGAGAUGUAGUGACUCGCAAGAAUCUAUCCUUUUCGCAGCUGAUCAGCCGUUUGCGGCACUACAACGGUGCAGUUAGAAAAGAUUCUGUACAUGGACUGAAAGAAAUUUUCCAGCAAACCAGCAUAGAAAAUGAAGACAUGAUGUCACAAGUACUCGAAACAUCAGGUCAUUUGAUAGGUGACGAGGACACAGCGGUUCGUAGAGCGUGCUUGGAUACAAUGAAGUCGAUCAUCAGCUCAACCUCAACUGACAAACUGGAGCCUCAUGUGCCACUUUUGCUUCUCCAUGUUCUUUCUAACACGACCCAUAUUUUCCCCGACAUUCGUAUAGACUCAAUCCGAUUCCUGCACCUUCUAUUGAACAAAGCGCCGGUUUCCGUGAUACAAGAGUUGAAUCAAACGAGUUCCACCGGUCGAGUGCUAGACGCCUUCCGUGCGAUCUUGCAAAUCAAGCGUCAGAAUUCAGGAGAGCCGUUCAUUGGGGCCCCUUCAAGUAUUGCUCUCACAUCACCGACGAAGGCCGAAAUCUUGUCGUGCCUCCGAGCAUUUCUGAGGGCGCUGUCAACUUCCACCUUAGAUGACAGUUCAAGGUUGCCUUUAUGGUAUCUCCGAAAUUCCUUCGAUUCCCAGGAGUCGUUCGAGGCAUUCCAGGGGUGUCUAACGAUAUCAACAACAGAGGCUUCAUUUUGGGGCAAGUCAGGGCUGCAACUCGUCGAGGAUUCGUUGUCCUUUAGCCACUUUCCUGAAGUCCUCUCGCUCUCCCAUGAUGUGUCUGAGAGAAUGGUCCCCGACCCAGAUUCUACCCAUUUGAGUAUGAGACCGACCGACUACGUGAAGGACAUCGUCGACGAUUUCGUCCCUGCAAUGACAGACUUCAUUCACGAAGCAUCAGUCGUGGCAGCGUCGUAUGAGCCUUUGGCAUCGGAUGAACAUGUGCUUCAGAUCUUGUGGCUCAGCAUCUCCAUCUUGAACCUUCUUUUCUCGUCUGUGCUUCAAGAUUCAAUUGAGAUCGACACAUCGCGUGACCACUUUACGCUUGGUCUUGAGAAGGCUCUUUGCCGCUUGGACGAGCGCUUCCCAUUCGCGAGCCCGAAAGCAGCAGGCCAUCAGCGGGUGGGCACUGUUCUGCGAGCCUCGAACCAUUAUUACUGUCAAAUCGUGGCAUUGCACUAUCUGUCUUCGCCAACAUGGCCUGUUUCAAAAGCUGACCGUUUACACUCAGUCCUGGGGUACGUUUUGGAAUGGCUAGAAGACAAGGCUCCUUGCACGGGUGAAGAAUAUCUUGCGAUGAUGCCUGUGUUGUGGUAUUUAUUCAGCGCCAUGGAUAUUAUGAAGGACGUGCAACCAAUAUCUCGCGUCUUGACGCGAGCACUGAUUUCGCACGCCAAUUCUUUGUCGCUCAUGUCGCCGGUGAAGAGUCUCGCUUUCGACUUCAUUGGACGUUUGAUUCUGCUGCAGGGUGACCGGCAUUUUAAGGGCUGCAUUCGCUUUCAGGACCCGGAACUAAUUUCUGAAUGGUUACUGGGCACUCCCCGCUUAUUGUGGGAACUCGGCACAAAGCAAGUCACCCUGACUGAGAGAAUUUGGUUGUUCUUAUUGCGGGCCUUUCAGCAGCGAAACUGCAUGGUGAUUCCGAUUGUAAAUGCGUUGGGUCGAGGUCUCAUUCCCUUCUUCCUCAUUCAACAUCCCAGUCGAGGGACGACUCUCGGUCCCUGUGCUCAGCUUCCGUCUCCUCUGCAACGUUUGUUCUGCGAUAUCGCCACGCUUUAUUCAGGAAACCUCGACCUGCAGGAUGCUGUCUUCAACUUUCGAUCGGUCAGACCAAAUUGAUCUUGUUGCGGAAGGGAGCCAUUGCCCGCAGUUUCAGUGUCGAUUCACAGCCGGGAUUCCCUAUGUUCCGGCCACGGGGUGAAUGUUCGACAGGUGUGUAGGGGCUCCAUCCUUCUGCACCAUCCAUAAUUUCGAGAUAUAAUGCUAUAAAACAAGGAUAUUUGAUAGAUACCCUUGGUGAUUCAUUUGAAAAGGGUCACGUGACAAGGUAUUCUUCCAAGGAAUUUCC